GCAAAAAAUAAAAAAUUCAUAAGCUUACGGAAAAGCAAAAUUAAGUAAAUCAUAAAAGUUUGUCAGUUGUCUACUUUAUCUUUGCCAUUCAUACAAUUUCUGUGCGUUUUAUUGCACAUUUCUGAGAAUUGGCAGUUAAGUUUAAAAAAGUAAAUAUAAAAAAACGUACGAAAGGUGCGCUCAGUCAACACAACAAGAGCGGAGAUAAACUGUGCAAAAAAAGUUGAAAGAGAAAAACAAAAAUAAAGUAAAAAUUAAAAAUCAAAACAAAACAAAACGAAUGAAAAAAGGGAACAAGUGAAAAAGCAAAAUAAAAAAGGUGUAGGAAAGAAAUAAAUGAAAAUUAAAAAAACGCCGGUGGCGAGUGUGUGAAUUACCAACUCUGCACAUAUAUAUAUAUAUAUAUAUGUAUAUAAAUAUAUGUACUAAAUAUGUAUGCAUGUAUUUAUGCGAACAAGUUUCCAAACGCAUACCAGAAACGCCAAAAGAAAUAUUGAAAAUCGACGCAGACGUUUCAGCGAUAUUUAAAUCAGUUUUCCAUCCAGCUACCGGAGAACAUUGCAUAAAUGCGUUUGAAUUUCAAUUAAUAAAUUAGUCGGAGUGAAAGCGUUUUAAUUUAAAUCAAUUUGUAGUGUAGUAGCUUAAUGAAUUACUAGAAAAAAAAAUAAUAAUAAAACUAAAAAAGUAGCAUUCUAAAAAGCAAAUACAAAACCAGUAAAUUUUAUUACAUAAUUGUGUAAUUUUAAUUUAAAUUUCAUUCAUUAUCAUUGCCUAGCUCAUUGUUUUUACUUCGCGUGUGUCCGGUCAUUGUUUUGGUGCUUUGUAUGAGUUCGCAAAAUCCGUCGAAUAAUAGUCAUAACGGCAUUUUAUGGCACAUCCGUCGCUCAUUGCACAAGCGUGGUGAGAAAAAAAUGAAAACAAUUUCAUGAUACUACAAGUGGUCUGAAUCAGUGAUAUUAAACUAUUUGAGAAUGCCGUCAACACCGUACGAUUUGGUGCAAGAUGAACAGGAUUUGCGGGUGCCGUUGCAUGCCGAACAGGCCUUCUUCCAUGGCAUCACAUUUCAAGCUAAGGUAAAUACUUCUAAGAUGUUUUUAGCACUUGCAUCGUUUAGCGGUAUCUGUAAGCAAAAUCUAAGCAAAAAAAUAAUUUUCAAUUAAUUUUUUCUUUUAUAUUUACACACAAAAGAAGUCCAAAAAUUUAUUCGGGUAAAAUAUAGAUAACAAAAAGCAGUUUCAAUCAUCGCCAAUUUUUUAAAUUCUUAACAAUUCCAAAGCUUAGUACCUUUGGCUACAUUUUAAGGGUUUCAAAAUACUAUAUAUGGGUUUAAAUUAUUUUUAAAGGAUCUUAAAAACAAUUCCUGAAGAGCAAACAUACUAUACGUAUUUGAUUAGUUGAAAAAUUAAAUCCCAAACACACAGACUCAAAGUCGAAAAUCUCUUUAAAAAUAUUAUUUGCCUGCAACGCUUCCUAAACUUAAAAAUUUUCCUUAAAAAAUUUCUGGUUUUGAGGCGAACAUAUACGAUAUUACCCUAGCAGAUCCGCUUCUUUAAUAAAUCUCUUUCUCUGGAAGAGCCAAAAUAA